ACAACACACCCAGCGACCAGCACCGGCUCACCUGUCUCCGGUGUCACGAGCGACACACACUCUACAGCCGAGUAGGUUGGGGGAAUUUCAAAACAAAAGCCCAGCCAUCCCAUGAGACGUGUCACAUCAUGAGAUCACACCACCUCUUCCUCCUGGUUUACUUACUGGGGAGCUGCUUCGGGCCAUCAAAUGCACAAAGAAAUGAAACCUGUCCCACGAGCGGAGCGUGCCACCAGGGUCCGACCUCUCACUUCCUGGAGUGCGUGGGGCUGCCAUCGAAGGACACGGGCAAGGACCACAUGCGGAGGCUGAAAGGAAUGCUGGAGGCCGCCAUGGACGUGUACACCUUCAUGAGGUCCAGCAUGACGGGGGUGCCCCUCCUCAGCCUGCAGGCGGAGCUGUCCUUGAACCCCGAGGCGGACCCCCUGCAGAGCGAAGCCCUGGUCCAGAUGUGGAUGGAGGUCCAGAUGAAACCGCUGCUGAGAUCCAUCAACAAGCACUUCCUGUCCUGCCUGAGCACCGAGCACUUCAGCUGCUCCACCUACCAGACGGUAGUGAGGGAGCUCAGCUACUAUUAUUCUGAGAUGAGUCCCGUCCGACAACAGUGGAUCUACACCUUCUUCAUGCACCCCUUCCUCUCUGCAGAUAGAGUCGCUGGGUGUGUGUUCCCGCAGCAGAGCAGUGAGGAGUGGCUGAUGAAGAACUUCGGUGCCUUCAGGGUCUCGGCCCGACUGGAGGAACUGUCGACUCUCAACAUGCUCUUCAGUGGAUUGGAGGUUCUUCACCUGCUGUCUCCGGCGCAGAAGGCCGAGCUGCUGCUGAGGCCCGAGGUCGCGGCUCUAGACAACGGCAACAUGAGCCUGGUGUUCCACAGCUUGUCAACGGGGGGCCCCGGAUGGGACCCCCAAUGGACCACCCCCGAAGAGGACCCCCAAUGGACCACCCCGGGAGAGGACCCCCCCGAGGGGGGGCACAACUGGACUGGCCCCGGAUACCCUUACACCGAUCCCCCACCGUCCCCUCACAACAGCGUCAGACAGGUCGUUAACGGCUUCAUGACGGCGUUCAAACCCGUCGGGAGCUUCGUCCAUGACUUUGUGUCCUUCACACAAGAGAGGGGGGGGUCAGAGGUCAGAAGCAGCACUCUGACCCAGUUCCUGCUCAACUGGACUCUGGCCGAGCUGGCCGGCAUGUACCGGCCACGCGACGCGUUCGGCGCUCCGGAGACGCCGAACUUCGACGUCACCGACGUGGAGGACUGGUACCGGCACGUGGUGAUGCCGGUGCUGCGGAGGUUCCUGCCCGACGACGUGAACCCCGAGCACCAGAACGUCAAACUGGCGUUCCACCAGCUGUUCUACCUGGACCAGGGUGCCGUGGACAACGACACCUCUGAGGUCCAGGACGUCUGCAGCGUCACUCUCAACAACAGGUCUUGCGGGGUGACCGACGCGGUGGCCAACGUGGCCAAGGUGCUGCACUGCGCCGCCGGCAGCCAGCUGACGCUGUCGGAGCAGACGGUCAUGAGUUUGAUGGAGGAGCUGACGGAGCGUCUGAAUCUACUGAUCCAAGAGCUGCUCGCAUCGAACAUGGCGGAGGUGGCGUCCGACUUCCAGCAGAUCUUUGGCGAGGCGGUCUCUCCGUCGCUGGCCGAGCAGCACCUGGAGGACCCGGACUUCAUCCGGCUCUGGUUCCAGAUCAAACUGGUUCCCCUCCUGCCCGAAGUACCCAGAGGACUUCUGAGCUGCCUCAGCACCAAGAACUUCUCCUGCCCGGCGUACCAGACCAUUGUUGCCGGGUUCAGCGAGUACAGUUACCGUGUUUACCGUCAUGACAUCUACAACCACUUCCUCCACCCCUUCCUGCUGAGCCACAACUCAUCCGAUCCUCAGUGCGUCUCCUCGGCCAAUAACAGCACAGAGUGGCUGACGGACAACUUUGGUGAUUUCGUAACGAUCCCCUCCGUCACCGACUUCUACGACCUCAACCCCACCUUCUCUGGACUGGAGGUUCUCCACCUCUUGACUUCAAAUCAGAUAUCGGAGAUGCUGCUGUUGCCUCUUCCUACUCCACCCGAGAAAGACGUGGUUAUCGACCAAGUAUUUGACUUCUUAUUGGAGUCCCCUGGAUACGGGAAAUUUAGAGACGUCCUGCGCACCCUGGGCUAUCUCCCCUACGAGAUCAAACCAUCGUGCGACGUCUUCAAAAAACUCCUCGAGAGAUUGUACGCAGAGGUCCCUCUCGUGCCUCGAGACGUCGAGCCAGACGUCUGGACCGCCAUCGAAGAGUUGAGGAACGCGGCGCCCGCCGAUUGUUUGCCAGCCAACCUAACGUGCCAAACGACGCCCGACAACAAAACUAACUUCUGCAGUGGAGUUAACAGCUCUGAGCUGCUCCAUGUGAGCACAUCUAUGGAAGUCUCCUGCAGCUUUUCCUUGGAGACGUAUGCAUGUGCACAGCUGGAGAACUUCACGGCCAAUCAGCUGGUGUCUCUUCUGGAGUGUAAUCUGCCUGGAAACAGCAGGAACUCCAAAGUGCUGUGGAAGUUGCUGCUGACGAAGCUGUCCUCCGUCUUGGACCCGGCUUUGGACCUUCUGGUUGACAUGCCCACGACCGCGGUGAUUCCGUCGGCGUCCGUGGUUUUGGACGUGAUCGGAGAGCUCAGGGUGUCGUUGCUGACCGACGAGCAGCUGAUGGACAGCGCUGUCGUCGAGCUGUGGUUCUCCGGCCGCCUCGGCGCGUUCCUGACGGUUCCAUCCGGGGGGUUCCUGCUGUGCCUGAGCGGAAGGAACCUCAGCUGUCAAACAUACCAGCAGAUACUGCAGCAGUUCGUCGAGCGUUUUGAUAACAUGAACACAAACAAUCAGUACGCGGUCGUCAAGAAUUUCAUCCUCCCCUUCCUGUCGCAGCCACACUCAGGCCCGGGCUGUGUGUCCGCCUCCAACGGCAGUGCGGAGUGGCUGACGAAGAACAUGGGUCCGUUUUCACGUUUCAUGCAAAUCAGAGAGCUGCUGCAGCUCGAACCGGACUUCGCCCCGCUGGACGUCCUCCACCUCCUGAGUGUAGUGCAGCAUGCAGAGCUGCUGGUGUUGAUUCUUCCUGAUACUCGGGAGAAAGACACCGUCAUGAACGCCAUCUUCGAUAUCCUGACUCCCAAUGGCACUUUGGAAUUACUGAAUUACCUCUACAUUUUCCAGAACGAGAGAAACCUCUCCUGUUCGGCUCAAAAAACCCUGUUCACCAGACUGGAGUUGAUGAAGUCUACGCUUCCUCUUCAUCAAGCGUCGAUGAUCGUGUACUUUGAGACGGAGUUAUCCAAGUUCAUACCGCCGGGUUGCAUCAUAAACAGCAGAGAGUGCAACGUCAUCAUGGCAAACGAAACAGACAUUUGUGCUGGAGUAAACAGUGCGAUGCUGCAGCUGCAGCUCGACAGCGGAGAGAUGAGCGGAGGUUUCUGUGACUUUGCCAUAGAGGAAUUUGCGUGUGCCUCGCUGGCCACGUUGACAGAGGAAAAUCUGGCGGCGCUGCUGGUGUGUGAGCCGACCUCCUCCUCCAACUCCUCCGGCUCCCGACCCGUCUGGAAGCUCCUCCUCUCCAAAGCCUCACCUGUGCUGGACGGAGCUCUGGACCUUCUAACCAACGCGACUCUGGACCCCACAAACCCUUCAGUGCCAAUAAUUUUGGAAGCCGUGCAGCAAAUCCGAUUGGACGGCCUCGACCCGGCCGCCCUCAACGACCUCGCUUUCAUCCAGCUGUGGUUCCGAGAACGCCUCCGACCCUUCCUGCCCGCCGUCACGCCGGACUUCCUGUCGUGUCUCGCCGCUCAGGGGUUGAGCUGCACCACCUACCAGGACAUGGUGCAGAUCCUGAGCGACCUCCAGCCCGACAUGACGCUCAUCAGGCAGAUCUCCGUGUACACACACUUCAUCAAGGCCUUCCUGACCAGGGCUAACGCCACAGACUCCGGCUGCAGCUCAGGCGUCACCAGCAGCGGCGAAUGGCUGCAGAAGAACCUCGGAGGGUUCUCCGCCCUCGCGUCGUUCCGCGACCUGCAGACGCUCUAUUCCAACUUUUCCGCGACGUCGGCCUUACCGCAGCUGACCGUCAGACAGCUGGCGGAUGUGUCCACCACGCCCGGCCAGCUCGCCUCCCCCGCCCACGUGACGGCGGUGAUGAGACACGUGCCCGACCAAUCGCUGCCCGCCUUCUUCGAUGAUUUCUCUCCUACUAUCGAGAUUAACGGCAACCGGCUCCCCUCGGCGGUGAGGUCGGCCAUGUUGCAGGUCGUGUUUGACCGAGCCAACCUCUCCGACCGCUCGGUGGGCGACUCGGCGGUUUCGCUGUGGCUCCGCGGCCGACUCCGCCCCCUGCUGGUCGACCUGUCGCCGGCGCACGUAGCGCCGUUCUUCGGAAUCCUGGCGGGAAGAAACUGCAGCAUCGAGCAGCUGGGAGUCGAGGGCCUGAAUUCUGCAAUCUCGUCUCUCAACGAGGAUACGAAGAAAGAGAUCUACGACCACAUCGUCCAGAUGCUCCGAGGGCCGAUACCGCUCUCCUGCUACCGGAACACCAACCAGAGUUUCUUCGGCUUCCUGCGGCGUUCCUUCCUCGGCUUCCAGUUCCCCAACUUGACGACCUUCCUGUCCCUGAUGCCCGGCGACAGGAAGCUGCAGCUGGUGAACUCCGUGCCUCCGUCAGAUCUCGGAGAUUUCCUCCGUCUUCCCGACGUCGUCGACAACGACGCGGAGCUGUGUGACCUCUACGACCUCUACGAGCAGACGCCGGCCUUCCUGCAGACCGAGUCCCUCCCGGAGGCGGUGCGGCGGCCCACGCUGCCUUGCGUCUGGCCCGCGGCGCUCGCCAGCUCCGAGAGGUCGGAGGUCAACGCCUGGUUCGACCGGCGCCUCGGAGACUCCCUGGUGUUCCUCACAAAGAGUCUGAUCGGCCCCGACAGCACACACAACGCCUCCUGCCUGGCCUUCCAAAAACUAGUUUCCGUUCUGGGUGAAUACAACUACACGGCGGCGGACUUCAAGAGGAGCGAUGUGUUCGACACCAUCAGGAGCUACCUCGCCUCAGCGACGGUCCCGAGAUGCUACAACGACAGCGACCCAGAACUCAACUCCACAGCCUGGUUUGCCGAGUACGUCGGCCCCUUCAUGUCCUUCCUCACUCUGGAGGAUCUGCAGGCGUUCGGAUCGGCACAGGUUCUCCAGGUGUUCUCAGUGAACCCGCUGAACAUCGCCGCCCUCGACCACGCCGCUCUACCCGCCAACCUCACCGACUACUACACGGGGCUCGUUUACCAACAGGACGCCAACUUCAACCCCUUACUACUCCCUCUGGCGUGCCGGUGCGUCGCUCCGGGGCCGGCGUUCAGCCAGCUGACGCCGGAGGAAAGCGUGGUCAUUCUUUACAACCUGACCACGAUAUGCUCGUCCCUGGACUCGCAGGUCUCUGCAGCGUUGGCCGGUAACCUCGGCAACAGCAUCAACGCCGCGGCGCUCUCCGCCCUGGGCAACGAGAGCACCGGCAUGUCCACCGGGCAGAUCAAGAGCAUCGACCCUCAGCAGAUGUUGGACUCGCUCGGCACGCUGAGCAGCGUCACCGGCUGGAACCAAGGUCAGGCCAAGGCCAUCGUCCAGGCGCUGACGUCCUCGGCGGCCUUCGAGAUCAACGGCACGUCGUUGUUGAUGCUCGGUUCUCUCGUCGCCGGCGUUCCCUCCGAAGCGAUGGCCAACAUCAGCGGCGCCCAGCUGCUCGCCGCCUCCAAGGACCCGGCGUUCCUGGCGCACAUCCUGUCCGCCCCGCUCAUCGUCCAGCAGACCUUUGUUUCUCAGAUCAUCGCGGAGGACGGCGACGUGGAGGCGAUCAUCCGGAACGUUCCGGAUGGGAUGGCCACUCGGAUCCCUCGCGCUCUGCUGCUGGGCUUCCCCAACAACCGCAGCGUCAUCAAGAGACUCAACCGGCACACGUGGAAACGGCAGCAGGCCAAGUUGUUCUUUGACGUGAUGGCCGUGGAGUCUGCGACCGACGCGCUGGGAGGUCCAAACAAUUUGUCGUCCUCUGUGCUGCAAGGGUUCACGUGCACCGGGGUGAGGGCCGUGAAGUCGGAGCAGAUCAAGAAGCUCAUCAAAGCCUGUCGGAGGACGGGCGACGACAAGGUCCACCUGGAGGAGACUCAGUUGACCUGCAUGUACAACCACAUCAAAGCAGACGCGAACGCCACCGCCUUCGACGUCUACCCCCCCGACGUGAUGCUGUACUACGACUACUCCCUGGUGCCGCAGGCCGGCUGCAGGUCCUACUUCCAACAGCUGGCGGACGCCGACUUCUCCGUCUUCUCCCCCACCCUCAGCUACAAGAGGAGCGAGCUGUUCGCUAACGCGGGGAGCUGCCUGGGCAUAACGGGCGGCAGUUUGACCAAGGACGACGUGUCGGUGUUGGGGAACAUGUGCUGCUCCCUGAACGCGUCCUACAUCCAGAACUCCGACCCGUCCAUCUUGGAACAAAUGGAGGGCUGCCCCGACCUCAGCGGCGCUCAGGCGGCCGCCGUCGAGGCUCUGCUGAGCGGCGGGAAGACGCAGUACGGGGCUCCAUCAAUGUGGAACGAAUCGACUCUCAAGGCCCUGGGGAUGUUACCGCUGUACAUGACUUCAACCUUCUACGACAACUUUGACAAAAAAACAAAGCGGAAUUUCUUGAGGUACUUCCUGAAAGUUCUUCGCAGCAACGGGGUGGACAGACAGAGGAAGAGGACGCUGAAGACAGAAUUAAGGAACUCUAUUAAAAAGAGGUCCAAGCGCUCGGACGUCAACGGGUGCACCGAGGGGACGAUCACCCAGGUGACCAUCAGCGACGAGACCUUCCCCUUCGACUACGACGACGUGAACCAGUUCACCUCCUGCCUCAGCGCGGCGGUCGUCAAAGACAACCUGGAGUCCAUCACGGAGAAGGUGGACCAGGAGGAUUACCUCCGGGUGGUCCUCAGCAAGCUGAGAGAGGUUUACUCCACCGUCCCAGAAGACCAGGUCCAGAGCCUCGGCCCGACGUCCCGCGUGGCGACCGCGGCCGACAUCGACGCGUGGGCCGUCACUCAGAUCGACACGCUGGCCUCUCUGAUGGACCCGGCCAACGGGCCGUGGGACCCGAGCCUGGCGAAGGCCGUCGUCUCCAGGUACCUGAGCCACGCUGGGAACCAGCUGGGCGGCGAUGAGCUGAACUCCGUGGGAGGAGCCAACCUGUGCGCCCUGGACGCCAACGUCCUGAGGAACAUCUCCCAACAGAGCAUCAGAGACGCCGGCGCCCUGACGGUGAAGAGCUGCGCCGCGCAGAAGAAGAAGGAGCUGUUCGCCAUCGCCGAGCGAGCGUUCGCCUCAAACACUCGCUCAACGGUCACCGCUUCGUCCUACAGGCUGACGCAACCUUACCUCGGAGGAGCAACUUCAGAAUACGUCAAAAGUUUGGCAGCAUCCGACAUCAACAUGGACCUGGACACCUUCACCAGCCUGGAGGAGAGCCUCGUGCUGAACCUGACGGUCGGCGAGGUCAAAGGUCUGCUGGGCACCAACUUGGCCAAUUUGAAGUCGUACCAGAACGAGCCGCUGGUGAAGACCUGGACCGGCAGGCAGACCCAGGUGGAGCUGGACACGCUGGGCAUCGGGCUCACGGGAGGCCGGGUCGACCCGAUAACCACCACCCCCAACUCCACCAACCCCAACUCCACCACCAACAACCCCAACCCCACCAACAGCCCCACCACCCCCAACCCUCCCAACCCUAACCCCACCACCUCCUCCACCACCAGCGGUAACAAUGGCUACCGAGCAGACGCUGGCUGCUCCUUCCUCGCGCUCCUCGCGCUGCUCGUCUCUUCUCUCCUGUAAUCAAACACAAGGCUGAUUAUUGUAAUACUUGUGAUUCAUAUAUCCAUAUACGUGAGGAGAAGAUGCUGUGGAGCCACACGCAUCCACAUGUUGAACUAAUGUGCAAUAACAAUCAGAUGUAAAUAAAGAAAUAAUUUAUUCGUUGAAUCCCUUUGAAAAUAUGUGUCGCUGAAUAAUAAUUAAUAAAUUAAUAUUGUUCA